UGUUAUCCACUCCCAGCCUGGAAAAUGAGAGACCAUAGCUCCCAGCUUCCCCGCUCAUCUUGCAAGUAACACCUUUAACAAAAGAUGGAAGUCGUUUUACCUUCAGUUGCAGAAGCUCUCCUUCGAGAAAUAAAGCAGACUUACCAAGAAACCCUACAAAUUUCUGACGAACAUCUCUUAGGGCUGAAAUUUAUAUUCGGGCCUACAGCCUUAUAUGCCUUGGAUUUGGUUGACCAGCGUUCAGUGACACAUGUGACAAGUCCAUGUGGGAGAAAGGCCUUCCAGGUAACUGGAAGUUCAGGCAAAGUGUAUACAUGCUAUUCUUCCUGCCAUUAUUGUUCCUGCCCAGCCUUCUCGUUCUCUGUACUGCGGAAAAAUGAAGCUUUGGUGUGCAAGCAUAUUCUUGCAGUGUACCUGAGCCAAGCCACGGGACUGUGCCAAGAGCUGACAGUGUCUGAUAAGCAGAUAUGUGACAUUUUGUUGUCAAAAGAAGAUUAGAUCCUAUCACAUGUAAUGAAGAAAUACCAACCUGUCACAAUAUACAUUUUUUAUUAGAAAUAAACAGUAAAUAAAUGAAAAUAAAAUAUUGUAAUGAGACA